AUGGACGCCGACGACGCUGCGGCUGCGUCAGGCCAGCGGCCGCGCAAAAAGAGGGCGACGGCCACCCGCAAGUCGCUCACUGCGAGCACUGCAACCGGCCCUUUCGCCCGCCUCGAGCAUCUCCAACGGCAUCUCCGCACCCAUACCAAGGAGAAGCCGUUUACCUGUGAGAUAUGCUCCAAGUCGUUUGCCCGCAGUGACCUGCUUGUCCGCCACGAGCGGCUUGUGCACCCGGCUGAGGCGGCCGCCAGGGCUGACAGGCGAGCGGCCGGCGCUGCUGCAGCCUCGGCCGUCCCCAUCUCUGUGACGUCUACGGCCACUGGUACUCCUGUUCCUGCGGCUACUAUAGCAGCUGUGCCUGUGCCUGUGUCUGUGCCUGGAACUGCAACGGGGCCAGGGACAGGGGCAGGAACAGGAGCAGAAACAGGAACGGCGGACCACCUGAACCCGUCGUGGGGUUACGACUUGAACCUGCUCUCCCAUGCAGCCAGCCAUGUAGCUCUCGAAGGUCGGGGUCAUGGUCAUGGUCAUGGGCAGCCGCAGCUUCAGGUUCACGGACCGGGACAGCUCCAGGUCCAGCAGCAGCACGACAGAAAGGCCGUUCCCGUCUAUGAGCGGCCCAUCUCGGAGAACUACGGGGUCGAGCCAUCGAUACUCGACCUCGCCGAUCUUGGUGACCCCGUGCAGGACUUCACCACCUUCCUCGAGAGCGUUGGUCUCUCCUCCGACUGGGACUCGGGACUGUUCAACUCGGUAGAGCCUGAACCGCUGCUGUCGACCCCUAUACCCGCCCUAGAUGGCUCUACCAAGCAACAGUCCUUUGCGGCAGCGGCAGCAGCAGCCGCAGACGAAGCACCUUCGUUUUCAAACUUUGGCUCUCGACUGCCAUCUCUCCAACCAGAAGCACAGGACUCCGAUGCCGGUACCUCAGAGCACAACUCCCAGCCCCGGCCAGCGUGGGACAUCUCUACCCAGGAACACCAGCUCUUCACGGCCAGACUAGAAGACUUUGCCCAUGUUCUUCCCAAGAACUUUGUGCGGCCUUCUAGACAUGCUCUUUCCCGCUACAUGGCUGGCUACAUCAGUGGUCUCAACGAGCACUUGCCCUUCAUCCAUGUCCCAACACUGUCCGUGGCCAGGUGUCCGCCAGAACUGACCCUCGCUCUCGCUGCUGCUGGCUCCCACUACCGGUUCGAAAACAGCAGAGGCAUCGAGCUCUUCCACGCUGCAAAGGCUAUCUUACUAGAACGCCUACGACGUCGGGACUCCAGGCGCACUACUACUCUCCCCUCGAAUUCGCAGUGGGGGCCCAACAGCACUCCUCGGGCGUCCUCGUCGGUAGUAUCAAAUCCAAGUAACAGUCCAUUCCCUCAGCAGCAGUUCAUACCCUUCAUGGACAAUACCUCGCUGCCAGGUGAGGAUGCUGAGGGACAGAUGGAGAUCAUCCGUACUUUCUUACUACUUACCAUCUUUGCCUCCUGGGAGAGCCAUCCAGACAUACUUCGCGACAUGCUUGCCCUACAAAGUACCCUUGCCCGUCUAGUCCGAGACCAUGGCCUUAGAGAGUCUUCAGUCACCACCGCCCCGCCAGAAUCGCUCUCCUGGCCAGACUGGUCCAGGCUGGAAGCAGACAGGCGCACAAAGCUCGUCGUCUACUGCUUCUUCAACCUCCAUUCUAUCAUGUACAAUAUCCCCCCCUUAAUCCUAAACUCCGAGCUCAACCUCAACAUGCCCUGUUCCGCUGAUGAAUGGAAAGCAAAUACCGCCAGCCAGUGGCGCCGUGUUCGUCGUCCCUCAUCAGACACCAACAACACUCCCUCGUCCUUCCAGGACGCCCUCGCAAAUCUCUUCACCAAAUCCUCCGCUACUACUACCACCACACCACCCCCUUCCAACCCUGUGUCCCCACUAGGUAACUACGUCCUCAUCCACGCCAUCAUCCAACAAAUCUUCUUCGCCCGCCAACUCUGUCUCUCCGCUCCUUCUAUGGCCGGCACCAGCCUACGACCCGACGAUCUAGCCGUCAUGGGUAGCUCCCUUAGUGCCUGGAAACGCGGCUGGCGUCAGACUCCCGAAUCGAGUAUCGAUCCACAAAACCCCGCUGGGCCCAUAGCUUUCACUUCCACAGCUCUGCUUGGUCUAGCAUAUAUACGCCUACACCUCGACCUCGGCCCAUGCCGUCGCCUCGUCACCCAGGACCCUGUCCAAAUCGCCCAUGCACUCAACGACUCUCCACCGCUGACCCGCAGUUCCCGUCUGAUAAUGGCUCUGUUACACUCCGCUCAUGCCCUUUCAAUCCCUGUCCGGCUAGGUAUUGACUUCGUGGCUCGCACUCACUCCUUUUUCUGGUCAAUACAGCACUCAAUAUGUUCUCUUGAAUGCGCAUUCCUCCUCUCGCGCUGGUUGCUCUCCAUACCUGCCACCCAACAUGAUCAGAAUCUGUCAGACCAUGAGCGAAAACUCCUUCUCUGGGUCAAGGGCAUGAUAGAUGAAACUGACAUGUCUUCCUCCGUCAGUGCAGCCACGGAGGCAGAACUCAUCACCGACCCAGCGCUAAUGAGGCGGCUUAGCGUUGCCGUUGUGCGUGUCUGGUCAAGGACCUUUAAGGGGAAUACGAGCUGGCCUAUCGUAGACCUCAUCGGCGCCAGCCUGGAAAUAUACGCUGAUUUACUCGAUAUAUAA